CACAUUCUUUCUAAGGACUGCCUGGUAUUUCACUUGUCCUUCUACUCUCAGAGAGUUUGGUUGUUUGUGCUCAUUAUGGCGAAGCUUGUCUUACUUUUGCCUAUAUGGAAUGAAGUGAUCACCCACCAUUCUCACCAAAAACUUCUAUCAGUGGCUGCUCAAGAACUCUGGGGAGCUCUGGUUCAGCUUUAAAAUUUGUAGGGUGUUACAGCUAGAGAGAUAGGUCAGUGGUUAAGAGCACUGGCUGCUCUUCCAGAGGACCUGGCUCAGUACCCACAUGGUGGCUUACAACCAUUUGUAACCCCAAUUUCAGGGGAUCCAAUGCCUGGGGGCAUACUGACUUCUGGGGGCAGUAGGCAUGAACACAAUGCACAGACAUACAUCCAGGCAAAACACCUCACACAUAAAAAUUACAAUUUUUAAACAAAUAAAUAAAACUUAUAAAAAAUCAAAAAGUGAUAUAAUUCUGUUACUGGAUGCCUAAGAACAUGUCUGUUCAGUUGGAUAGCAUACUGACUAUGGCAAAUCCCUACUAUGGUUCUACCCUGGGAGGGCAUGGGAGUGUUGUUCACAGAACUAGAGAGCUUUCAUUGCCCGCAUUGAAGAGUGGCCUGGACUUGAACACCCAUUCAAAGUGUACCAAACCAGACAUGUUUGUUCUGCAAUGACAAUAUGCUAGUACUGGAAUUGACAAGCUUCUAUCAAUGUACAGAAGUUGGGUGGACAAUGGGUGAUCUUAGGCAACUGAAUCUGAUAUGAGUCUAGUGUACAUGUAGGCAGAAAGCACGUAUUUAAGUAUCCAAUACCCCUCUCCUUCAAAUGUUCCACGUCUCACAUCUGUGCAGCCACCAUGCAGUGUACCCUCAGCUCUCUCUGAUUCUGGGACCAUUCUCUUUUCUAGAGCAUAUGUAAGCCUAGUUUAUCUACAGGAGUGACUCAUGCUCUGGGACACAGGCCUUGUCUAGUGUCACAACCCCUUCUGGCAACUAGAUCCUUGUCUUUGAGUAUAAAGGCUCCAGGAGAAACAGCAAUGAUAACCAAGUAGGUCAACUUGUUCUUAGCCACAUGAAAGAAGGAAGGGCAACAGGGGCUGGAGGGACAGGGAAAGACCCCAUGCAUUGGAAUCCAACCUGUAUGACGCUGUACAUAUCGGGUAUGGAGCUGAUGAAUUUCUGUAACUGCAAGUGAAGGCAUUCUUAUACUGUGGCUGGCCUAAAUGUGGGGGAUUUAGGGGAAGGAGUGUAGAGUCCUGUGAAGAGGCAUACAGGAGCCAUCUUCAAUGCUAAGUAGCAUCUCCCACUUUCUUCCAGGGGUUUCUUAAUACCAUGCUUCAUUCAUAAUGUCCUACUUGUACCAUCCCCAUAACAGAGGACGUGUUUGUGGGAAAGGGGAGGGAGAGAGGAUGAUGCCAUUAAAAUAAGUGCCCUAGAUCAGGGUUGGGAAAUCAGGAGAAGUAGGUCAGAUGCAACCCAUCCUCCGGACUUCUGAGACCUAGCAACAUAGCAGGUGGCCAUGUCUUCAGAUUUCCCCACCGAAGUAGAUGUUGAUAAGUGGAGGUUGUUCAUGCUAUUUAAAUCAGGUCUCUCAGAGAUUCUUGUAAAUAUAGAGAUCACAAACCACUUGCCUAUGGGUUGGCUUCCUCAGAUUGGUUGGUCGAUGUGCCAGUAUUCCAAAGCAGAGAGAGAUUGAAACUCUAUAGAUUUCAUUACCAAGAUAUCCAGAUUAAUCCCUUCUUUUGCCCAAGUAUAUGACAGGAUCGGCAGACAUAGAAUAGUGGCUGCCUUCUUUGGCCAGCACGUGGCCCUCCCAUAGGCCACAGCCCUUACCCACCCAGGGACUUCCCUAGCACUGCACAGGAGUUUCUUUCUGUGGAAAACCCUUGUGGUUUUAUCUUACAGUGGAGAAAUAACUCACUAUCCAUAGUGGGGAAAUAUGAGGAGGCCCCAAAAGGUUAAAUAGAAAGCCAGAGAGACAGCUCAGUGGCUGAAGGUACUUACCAUGGAGCCUGAAAACUGUGUUCUAGCCUUGAGUCCCACACAGUGUCAAGAGAGAACUAACUCCCAAAAGGAUGUUCCCUGACAUCCUUUGGCAGGUUUAUGCCACUGCACACACUUACACCCACUAGAUGAACAAAUGAAUAAAUACAUGUAAUUUCAAAGAUAUUUUAAAAGACUGAUUGUAUCAUGACACGUGGGAGGGAGCAUAUUUGUCAAUGAAAGUGAAGUACUCUGUGUUUAAGAGACUGGAUUCUCUGGGCUGCAGAGACGGCUCAGCAGUUAAGAGCACUGACUGCUCUUCUGAAGGUCCUGAGUUCAAAUCCCAGCAAUCACAUGGUGGCUCACAACCACCUGUAAUGAGAUCUGACACCCUCUUCUGGUGCACCUGAAGACAACUACAGUAUAUUAGCAGGGCUGGAUCGAGAAGGCUGGAGCCAGCAGGACUGUCCUGAGUUCAAUUCCCAGCAACCACAUGAUGGCUCAUGGCCAUCUAUCUGUACAGCUACAGUGUACUCAUACACAUAAAAUAAAUAAAUCUUUAAAAAAAAAAAAGACGCUCUCAAACCGCCAUCCCACAAACAUGGAUCAGGUAAUGCAGUUUGUAGAGCCAAGUUGGCAGUUUGUAAAGGACUCAAUUCACCUGGUUAAAAGAUGUAUCAAACCUGACAGAAAAGAAUUCCAGAAGGUCGCCAUGGCCACAGCGAUAGGAUUUGCUAUCAUGGGAUUCAUUGGCUUCUUCGUGAAACUGAUCCAUAUCCCUAUUAAUAACAUUAUUGUGGGUGGCUGAGUCCUUUCUCUUGGGACAAGUGAACCAAGGAGGGGGUGACAAGCUCAUGAAGUAAAACACU